AUGCAAGUACAUUAAGAAUCCGCAAUCACAGACUAAAAAUAAUUGACUUACGAUGAGGCAUUGACGUAAGUUGGUGGGGAAGGUUUUUAUUAAAAAAGAGCCUUCUUAAUAUUUGGAUUGUAAUGGCUGAUAACUAGUUGGAUUUUGUUUUCACCGGUCUUCUUUUUUAUCAAACCGACAGUGGAUUGUUAGUCAAAUGCCGAAUGUCUAAACUCCUGUACAUCUGAAUCAUUGGAUGAAAAGUGUUUGUCUUACAUUUGUGAUGAUUCAUUUCGUUAAGAAUUUGUAGUAGGUGAAUCAUUAAACACAGCUUUUGAUGCUUUGUUACCCUGCCACAAAACCUUAUAAUCAAUAAUUUAAUCUAUUGUUUAUCUUGGUUCUGUAUCUGGGUUGAUAAUAUUCUCGUUCAUUGCUGAUAACUAUGGUCGCAAAAUGUCAAUGUCAAUUUCUUGGUCUAUGACUUCAUUAGGAGCCCUCAUAGUUACUUUUGCAAUGAAUUAUUAAAUGAUAGCCAUAGGACUGUUCUUCUUAGGGUUUGGUGGUAAUCCAACGAUUACUGUACAUUAUUCAUUUAUUAAUGAGCAUUCCUAAGGCCAUUUUCGAGAAAUCUAAAAUGUUGGAGUCUAAGUAUUUUUUGCCUUGGGCGAGUUUGGAAUUAUAGCAUUAGCAUAUUUUAUUACUAAUUGGAGAUUGCUUGCAAUAUCAGUUGCAAUUCCAUCCAUUUUGUUAAAUAUUGGCAGCUUGUUGAUAUUUGAAUCUCCAUAGUUUCUAUAUACAAAAAAUAAGAAAAAAUGUGUCAAGGUUCUUAAUUAAAUUGCAAAACUAAAUGGAACUCAACCAAUAAAUAUUGAUGAUUUGCAAUCGAACCCAUAAACUAAAGAAAAUAAUUCUAGAGUAUAUUCAAUCUUGGAUUUAUUGAAAUAUAAGUCCUUAAGGUAUGUAUUUUUUGCUGGUGUGAUGAUGUUUUUUGCAAUUAAGGUGACAUAUUAUGGAAUCAGUUUUGUAAGUGAUCAAUUGGGUCUCAAUUUCUUCACUACUAAUUUCAUUAUUGCUUUUUUUGAACUCUUAGCUUUUGCAACCUUAGACUUGUUUAUAACAAAAAUGAAAAGAAAAACAAACAUUAUAAUUGGUUUCUUCAUUGUAGGACUUAUGAGCUUAUAUUUCCUUCUAUAAAGCGAUCACAUAGUUUUUAGAAUCUUUGAAGGCAUUUUUGCUGGAUUAAUGAGAUUUCUGAUCUGUGCAGUUUGGGCUUUAGGAUAUAUUUAUGUGUCUGAAUUAUUCCCUUCUGUUGUUAGAUCUUUAGCAUUAUGCUUAAUAUCUGCUGGAGGAUCUUUUGGCAGUAUCGCUUAAGCAUUUUUAAGUAAUUUAUGCUCGUCUCUAAAUGUUCAUCCAAUGAUUGGUUUUGGGGUAAUUUGUAUUUUAUGCUCCUUACUAUUGUUCCCUUUAAGAGAAACUUUACACCAGCCUUUAAGAGAAAAGAUUGAAGAAGACUAAACUCGAAUUAGAAAGAGUAUUAUUCAGAUAAACGAUUCGGAAAAAAAUACAUCCGCUUAUCCAGUUUUAUUAGCAAGUGAUGCAUGA